AUGGCCUCUCGAGGCUCUACACCCGGGGCUGCGCUCUCGAGGCUCACCCUCGAGAGUACCCUUACUCGGAUGGGCUCCCCUGUCCCCUCCGCGGUGACGGGGGCAGUCGAACAACCCGCGGCUGCGGAGGGGGCGUCGAAAGACACCCUUCCCCUCAUGCGCGCCGGCACCUUCCAGGAGGUGUUGGCGGCCGUCCCUACUCCAUACAGGACGGCGGUUGAGGCCGACCUUCGGGCGGUCUGGGGCCAUGCAGGCAGUCUUGCCUCUUGCAUGGUUGCCAAACGGCAGUUGGCCCGGCACGUCACCAACGGCGCCGCGGGCAACCCCUCCUUCCCCUCGUCCUUCGGGGGUAUGAAGGUUCCGGACGUCCCUAUGUCCGAUGUGUUUGCCAAGUCCCCGGAGGGGGCUGCGUCGCGCCAGAAGGUGCGCGACGACGUGUUAGCGGGCAAACAAGCAGUGCUCAAAUCCGUCGUCCUCGCAAGGGACGCGGAGGAGAAGUUUCUGCAUGGCUUGAUUGACAAGGGCCGGCGUACAAAGCUGAUGCUUGGUCUGAUAAAGACCGUGUACGACCGCGAUGUCAAGCCAUUCGCAGUGGUACCAGGGGCGGCUAGUGGUGAUACGUUCGAUGAGGACGCUAUGCACCUCGAUGAUGUCGACCUCGCGGUGGCCGAGUGGGUCGUUCCCUCGGCCGUCGUUAACGAGUACCGGCGCGCUCGUGCUGUCGUCAGCACGUUGAUCGCCAGGAUCCUCCAGUUGCGCAUCGCUGAAAAGCGAGCAUGGGAGGAUCGCGAGCGCGCAAAGGCGGAGACGAAGAAGGUGGCCGACGCGGGGCUGGGCGCCCCCGUCACACAGCAGACCGUGCAGAAGCUCGUCGCUACGCAGGUCAAGGCCGCCCUUCGCGACAAGAAGUCGGCGAAGCUCGCGAAAGCGAGUUCUAAGUCUGGUAAGGCUGGGGGAAAGGCCAAAUCCUCGGGCAAGGGCCCCGUCGCUGCGAAGAACAAGUCGAAGACUCACAAGCGGAAGCGCAGCGGCGGUUCAGGCGAAUGGCAUGGCUUCAGCGGGGAGAGCAGCAGCAGCAAACCUCGCGCGAAGAAACGUCAGCGUCGGUCGUCGUAG